AUGGUUUUUCUAUUUGGUCUUCUUUUGUCUAAUGUUUAUGCCAUCCCUUUGAAUGCUAAUACGAUACCAUCGAACGGCGAUACCUUAGUAUCGAAUAUCUGUCCACAAACUAGUAAUCCAUCGUUUUGUGCCAGUAUAUUGGAAUCUGCAAACAGCAUAGACUUGAAAGCUUUGAUCGCUUAUGGCCUAAACCUUGCUCAUACAAAUGCAGGAAAAUCUAUGACUCUAGCCAAAGCACUAGCAGUAUUGACAACCAAUCCUCAGCUUAAGAAACAAUAUUUGUCUUGCUUUGAGAACUAUGAUGAAGCCAUGUGUGACAUUGAAAAAGCUAAAAGUGAUUUGGCCUUUAAUGACUAUAAUGGUGUUAAUCUUGCGAUUUCUGAUGCAAUGAUGAUAGCCGAUGACUGUCAUGAUAACUUCGAACAAUCGUUGAAAGACAUGUCAUUGCUUCCAAAUAAUACAAGGACUUUGAAAGACAUUUAUAGCAUUAUUUUAGUUAUAUCUAGUAUUCUACCUAGGAAUAUAUAA